AUGUCAUUGCCGUACAUUUCUUUGAAUAAACCAAAUUUAAAUCGAUCACAUCCUAUAAUUAUAUUCACAAAACCUAUUCAAGACGGAGUUUUGAACCGUAGUAUAUUGAUCAAAGGAUUGACCAACAUGAUUAGACACGGGGAUAUUGAAAAUUAUUUUUGUUUUACUGAACUUGUUCUAAACAAUAUGGAUUUAGAAAAUAUUGACAUCGUCGGCGAUUAUAUAUCUUUAAAAAAGUUGGAGGUACGUCAAAAUCUAAUACAAGAUUUGAGUACCUUAAAUAGUCUAAGCGAAUUAGAAUACUUAGACGUGUCUCAUAAUUGUUUAAAACGAAUAUUAAAUUUUAAUCCACCGAAGAUGUUAUACCAUGUUGACUACUCGAACAAUAAUAUCGAACAUAUGGACGAUUUGUCUAAUUUUUGGAGUUUGGCAUACCUAGAUCUAUCAUACAAUAACAUCAAACACGUAAACGGGCUAUUGGAAUUAAAUCAUUUGACAUUUAUAAAUUUGUCUCACAAUGGUAUAAAACAUAUAAAUUAUUCACUACCACCAUCAUUAAUGGAAAUAAACUUGUCUUACAACGAUAUAGCAUGUAUACAAUGGGAUAUGUCUUCAAGUAUGUGUGGAAUACUCAACUUGUCGCAUAACAAAUUAAAAUCACUUGAGUUCCUGAAAGAGCUAAAUGAAGUGGAAAUCUAUUCAUUGCUUGUGGCAGAAAAAAAUGCAUUAAAAUCUACUGUGUUAGAACAUUUAUCGGGGAAAUUAUCUAUAAAUGCAGGAAGUGACUGUGGAUAUAAUUACCAUUUAGUUCCGAUGGUAAUUUUGGUCGGCCCACCAAAAACUUACAAGAAUGAAUUUUUGAAUAUAAUACUAACGAAACACGCUGAUAAAUUUUAUCAAGCAGUUAUUUAUACGACAGAUGAUAUGACGUGUAAAAAUAGAGUAAAAACAAUUUCAGUUCAAGAGUUCAACAGAAUGAAUUCUUCCGGAGAGUUUUUGUUUAGUUACCGAUUUUUAGGGCAUUCUUAUGGUUUAAACAAAGAUGAAUUAUCCAAAUGCAAUAGCGAAAAUAAGGUAUUAAUCACGUUCACAAAUUUAGAAGGCGCAUUAAUUUUGAAAAAUAAAGGCUACAAUCCAACGUUCGUCCCAAACCCCGAUAGUUACUCGAUACAAUCAAAUGUUGAAAUUUGUUCGUUUGAAACUAAUACGAAUGGUGUCGAAGAGAGUAAAACAAUUGUAAACAACAAUUAUGAUUUUAAAGAUGAUGUCAACAAUCCAACUUUGAAUGAUCCUUGUACAAUAUUUACUAAUGAAUGUAUGAACAAUCUAAGCAUUUAUCACAACCUUUAUGAAAAAAGCUUGGACGUAUUUCAUUCUUUGAAACAAAGUCAUUAG